AUGGAUACUCAAGAAAUUAACACUUCAAAUUCACAGUUUCCGAAUCUCGAAAUUCUUCCGAAGAUGUCGACAAAGAAAGAAAUAGCAGAGAAACGAAUCAAACAAUUGCAUCUAACACCUGGAACGAUUUUCAUGAAUCGAUGGAGUAUUGAGGGAAUGAUCGGAAGUGGAGGUUAUGGACAGAUAUUUCUAGCGAUGGACACGAAGAAAAACGAGGUACGGGCGGUGAAGAUCGAGCCGAAGAUGCGGAUGGAAAUGAUAACGAAACGAAUGAUAAUGGAGAUGGAUGUGAUGCUGAAAAUGCAGGGAAAACAGCAUAUUCCAUUGGUUUACUCAUCCGGAUAUAACAAUGAAUUCAAUUUCAUUGUGAUGCAAUUAUUGAGUGAAAAUAUUGGAGAUAUUCGGAAGAGAAGUCCGGCGGGGAGGUUGAGUAAAGAGACGGUCGGGAGGAUUGUGUAUCAGACGGUGAAUGCGUUGAAAGAUAUUCAUGAAAUGGGUUAUGUGCAUAGGGAUGUGAAGCCUGCGAACAUUUGUUUCGGUUGUCAUCAACAGAACCGUCACAUCCUCUAUCUCCUUGACUUCGGCCUUCUCCGUCGCUUCAAAACAGACACUGGCAUCCGUAAACCGAGCCGCCCGAAUGCUGGAUUCAAGGGAACCGAACGAUAUGUAUCGGUUCGUGUUCAUGAGAAACUGGAACAAACGCCGUGGGACGACUUGUUCUCUGUAAUGUACUCGGUUUAUGAACUUGUGGUUGGAGAGGUUCCAUGGAGACAUUUGGAGGAUGUUGAGGAGAUUCAUGCGGUGAAAAAGUUGAUGAAUGAACUGAACAACAAUGGGGAGAUGUUUAAAGGUAGUGCAAGUGUUCUCAUUGAUUUCCAUAAAAUGUUAGUUGAGUUGGAUCCAAGUGUUGAUCCACCGUACGAGAAGUUGAUGAAUUGUGCGAAAGUUAUGUAUCAACCGAAGGAAUUGAAUGAUCUGUAUGAUUGGGAUGAAGGAUUCAAGCUGACUUUGAGUGAUGAGAAAGAUUGA